AUUCCUGCUCUCCAGCAGGAACCAUGGCAGGGAUUUCCUGGGCUGAGGGAGUCUCCAAUGGGACACAUUUCCCAAUUUCCAAUGGGACAAAAGCCAGCUCUGGAGGCGCUUUGGGGGCAGAUUUGCAGCACUCCCUGUUUGCUGUCAGCUACAGUGCAGUGCUGGUGCUGGGGCUGGCGGGCAAUGCCCUGUCCCUGUCCCUGCUGUCCUGCAGAAUGAAGCCCCUGUCCCACUCCUACGUCCUCCUGCUGCACCUGGCCCUGCUGGACACUCUGUUCCUCACUGUGCUGCCUCUCCAGAUCCACACCCAGCUGCUUGGGGACACCUGGACCUUUGGGGACACGGCCUGCAGGGUCACCCAGGCUCUGUUCUGCCUCCACGUGUCCCUCAGCGUUGCCUUUUUUGGCUGCCUCGGCCUGGAUCUGUGGCUGGCAGUGCUGCACCCCUUCACCUCCAUCCAGUUCAGGGCCACCCACUACAUGCUGGUGGCCACGGCCCUGUGGGUGGUGGCCCUGGCUGCCACUGUCCCACUUGUGCUGCACAGCAGAGGGGUGAAGAGUUGCUUUGGGAACCUCCCUGGGAGCUGGGCUCACCCCACAGCCCCUCACACCAUCCUGGCUUUCAUUUUUGGGGUGGCUGUCCCAUUUUCCAUCAUCCUGCUGGGCCUGCCACUGGUGGCCAGGAGCGUGUGGCAGAGCCGGCGCAGAGCUGCCAGGAGGAAGGCCCUGGGCACCAUCUCCAUCAUGCUGGGCAUCUGUGCCCUCUGCUUCCUGCCCCAGCACCUCACCCAGCUGCUGCAGUUCCUGCGGGGGAUCCAGGAGGAGCCGCUCCCCAGCCUGAUCCCCGAGAUCCAGAGGGUGACCGAGGCCCUGGCGAGCUGCAGCUGCUGCCUGAACCCCCUCCUGUACCACUUCCACUCCUCCAGCAGAGCCUGGCACUGCCCCUUCAGGCUCAGCCUCAGGUCCAAGAGGGUGUUCACCAUCUGUGAUCACAAUUUUGGGGACCCUUCCUGGGGCUGCAAGUCCGGGCAGAGGCAUGAAAGGAAAAUCCACGGGGGAUGGAACCAGCUGAUCCACUCCAGGUACACACAGAGCUGAUAUUUCUGAUUAUUUCCUUCAAAACAAGCCUGGAAAACCCAUUUUUAUUUUUUCCCAUGUGGUGGCUGUUAAAGCAGAUGGAGAUUUUGAUCAGAAAAUGGACAAUCCUUGGGGGAGCCAGAGCCUUGGAUAGGCCUCCAGAGCACUCCUGGGUUUGUGUUCAGGGAUGUUUUGGGCUCAAUCUGUUGAAUUUUGGGGUUGGUAGAACUUGGGGCUGUUUCCUGGGAAACAGCACAUCCCAGGAAGUGGGGGAUUUGAAGGAAAUCCAGGAAACUGCUGGAUCCAGGCAGCCCUGCUGGGCUUUUCCCUGUUUUCCUGCUGCCUCACAGGCUGCUGCCCACAUUCCACAGCCAAAUAGGGGCUUCUCAUCAUGCCUUGGCUUCCCAGGGAAUAUUCCAGGAUUUCCAGGCUGUGGAUUCAAGCUGGACACUGAUGAAUGGAGGUUUUGAAGGCAGCAGAUAUUUGAUAAAUCCCAGGAUUUAGCAGUCAGUGGUAAACAAGCUCCUCUCCCCACACACUCAGCCCAGCUCUUUGCACUGUGUGGUCUUAAGUGUCCAAAGUUCUUUUUUCCACUGACAUUUGGUGAUAUAAACACAACUCUCUGACCUUUCCUCCCCCCUUUUCUUGUAUUAACAGCCCCCACGUGGUUUCU